AAUUAAUACAGUACAUGUGCAAAAAAGCGGUAACAUGAAGAAAUGGUUGUUUGUAAAAACAAAAGGGAUGCACAUCUAGCUUUAAAUCAAAUAACAAACUACCGUAACCGCUUAGACAAUGAAAAAGAUGGUUUACUCGUCCAAGCUCUUAAUCGGUUGAUGAAUGUGUUUCAAAGUAGACUGUUUUUGGGUCUACUUGAUAUACAAGAAUUUUAUGAAGCUGUCCUAUUAGAUCCACAAAAAACGAAAGAAGAGAAAACAUCAGCCGCUCUUGAAAUCGCAUCAAGGUGGGAAAAUAUAUCAAGUCCAUCAUUGGUGGCCUCUACAACUGACUUGAGAAUACCGCAUAGUUUAUUGAAGAAAACAGAUUGUUUUGACAGAGCACGCUCAAUGUACCAUAUUAACUUGGAUAACUCACAAAAGUCUUAUUCAUUACAACCUACUCAAAUAUCACCAUAUCAUGAUCUACAUGUGGUCAACUUGGAUAAAUCAUGGAAGCAUAUGGAAGCAGAUCUAAAAUAUGAAUAUCAAUCAUCUAAUUCGUUACAUAAUGUAAAUCAGUCACCAUCAUUAAAGAAUACGUCAGAUAACCGACUAAAAAGAAAUGCUGAUACUGAAUUUAUAACUGAAAAUCCUCUUUUUGUUGACGAUCAGUCUAAUAAGAAACUAUAUGAUAUAAAAUUGUCACCUGAUAUUCCGGUGGCGAAACCACGUCAAAAACGUUUAAAACGACCGAAAUCAACUUUGACUCAUGAAUUCGAUGCUAGAUUGUCUAGAAAAUUAGAUGAAAGUACUUGUUCAAAUGAUCUUUUGUCUAUUCAUGAUGACAUUCCACCAAAUAGUCUUGAAAAUAAUGAAUUGAUUGACAGACAAUGGGCUUUACUCAGUCGUUUGCCUGUUACUAUGGAAGUUAUUAUUGAAAAAAGUUCUAAAGGAUUUGGAUUUAGUAUUGCAGGUGGACAUGACAACACUUUGGGUCCAGAUGAUAAUGAUACCGAUAUUUAUGUGACACGAGUUAAUCCUGGUGGUCCUGCAGAUCAUGAAUCAGGUUUACAAUUUGGUGACAGAAUAUUAUCAGUCAAUGGUAUUAGUCUUAUUGGCGCUACACAUAAUGAAGCAGUUAAAGCUUUACAGCUGGCUGGUUCCAAAUUAAAAUUGAUAGUUGAACGUAAAGCAGAACUGGCUAUUUCUGAACAAUAUUCACUGAUGUCUUGUUCUUCGUCCUAUUCUCAUCCUAAACCUUUGAUAAAUCCUACGAAACAAAUUAUGAAAACGUCACCGACAACUGUUCAACCGUCAAACCAUCAACCAUCUUUAUCAAAUCAAUCAUUAAAUGCACAUAAUAUUGAAUCGUUAGCUAGUGCAAGUACAGGCAGUGCAGGAGGAGUGAAAAGUAUUGAAUGUGGUGCAAGUGUAACAACAACUAGUUUGAUAAGCGGAUCACUAUUUGAUCAUCGAGAUAGCAAGCAUACAUUGAACUCAACAACAACAAAUUCAGCAAAUAAAUUGCCACAUAAAUCAACCAGUGUUCAUGUAUCACCUUCAAUGACUGGAGUUAUUGUUGAACCAAAGCAUCAAAGGUCUAGUAAUGUUAACAAACCACCAAACGAUUUCAAUAAUACUACAAUACAAAAUAAUCAAAAAGGUAGUCAAUCUAGUAUUAGACAGACUAGUACUGGUUCAAGAUUAUCUAGACGCGGGGUAGCAUGCGCUGGAUUUCCAGCUUUUUCUUGGUGCAGUGGGCUGCAACGCGUAACUGCUGGUUGUGCAUCGUUGGGCCGUGGUCAUCAUAGUCUACAAGGAAGUAGUAAAAACUCUAGCCAACAAAAGUUGACUGGAAAUACAAAAUCUCAAAGAUCCGUCCAAUCUAACGAAUUUACAAAUCUUGGCACCAGACCUACACCCCCUCCAAAACCUGGUCCGCUAAUUGUGGAAGUAUUUCUCACUAGAGGGACAAAAAGUGGUUUAGGAUUCAGUAUAACUGGUGGUGUUGGAAAUGAAACAAUCAACGGUGACUCAGGAAUUUUUGUAACUAAGCUUACUCCUGGUGGUGUUGCAGAAACAGAUGGUCGAAUUCGUAUUGGUGAUAGAAUUGUUCAAGUAAAUGAUAUACCACUUAUUGAUGUAACUCAUGAACAAGCAGUCCGUGUUUUAAAACAAGCUGGUGAUCAGGUUCGACUUGUUCUGGUAAAACAUGUAAAUAAUUAUUCAUCAGAUCAAACUUCGUCAACAGAAAUAAAAACUGAAUCAAGUGCACUUAAUGAUCAAAAUGUAAUUAUUUGUAAUAAUAAUGAUAUCAGUGGUAAAAAUAGUUAUGAUGAUAAUAACGUUGGACCAACAUGUUAUACUAAAUCGUGUUCAUCAUCAGUAUCUUUAUCGUCACUUCGUCGAUCGGCUUCCUUUUCUCCUUCCACUUCAUCUCAUACGUCUCCACUUUCAGAACCAUCUGUACAUAGUUCUUAUCAUGCUGAAUCAUCAUCCGGUCAUCCAGUGGAGUCUGAUGUAAGUAAACAAAAAGAACAGAAUAGAUAUGAAAAAUCACCUUCGGUACUUUCACAAUCAAAACAAGAUCGUAAUUUAAGUCAUAACGAUCAAAAUCAUACUCAUCGUCGCCGUCAAUCUGGGACUACAAAAAAUGUUCAUUCAUCAUCUACAAUACCUAAUGAACGGUAUCGUUCUUCCCCAGAUUUAUCAAAUGAAAAGUGUCAUAAAUCACAACCAAAUGAAACCAUCACAACAACAAAUAAUCCAUACUUUGGUGCAACUGGUCAAGAAUUAUUAGAAAAUAGAAUGGUUGGUAUAAUUGAUUAUGCAGCGGCUGCUUCAGUGUCCAACUUACUUAAUGAAUGGCCAAAUGCUCGUUUAGUUACAUUGUAUCGAAGUGGUCGUAAACGAAUUACUUCUAUGAAUCGAAAUCAAACAGAUAAUUCUGAUACAAAUCAACGUGGAUAUUCAUCAAAUAGUGGGAGAAAUCUUGGUUUAAAUAUUGUUGGUGGUGAUGGUUCAGAAGCAACAUUUAUUUCUCAUAUACAACCUGAUAAACCUGCUGGUUUAUCAAAAAGGAUAUUGGUUGGUGAUCGAUUGUUAACAGUUAAUGGCAUAGAUGUCUCUAAGUACGGGCACGAGAAAGCGGCUGCAGCUUUACGAGAUGCGCGUGAUCGUGUUGAUCUUCUUCUAGUCUAUAGUCCUGAAGAAUAUGCCAGUUUUGAGCAACAUUUCAGUCGUCAGCUUAAAGCAGUUGGUCAUAAAUUAUCUUAUAAAUGUUUACAUUCACUGAAAGCUAAAACUGCCAAUGGAACAAGGACAGACAGUAUAGACAAAGAAUCACCAAUUACCAGUUGUCAAGAUAAAAAGCAAUCUGGAAUGAGUAAAGAUAAACUGAAACAAAAAAACACUGAACAUAUUGAUAAAAAAGGACAACAAAAUCGUCAACAGAAGCAAAAGCGUCAACUAACGAAUGAAGCACCUGGCGAAGAGAGAAGACAUGAAGAAAAUGAAGCUAAUGAAUUGAAUGAAUAUCCUCAUGUAUUGUUAUUACGCUCUCAAGUUGAUUAUGACCCAAUGAAAGAGAAUCAUCACCAGGCUAUACCUAAAAAAGUAUUCACUCUAAAAUCGGGUGAUUUGGUUCACGUUAUUAAUACAGUUGAUCCUGAAUGGUGGCAAGCCCAGAGAUUUGAUCCAGAAACCAAUGAACCAACUGGUCCAAUCGGUCUAAUUCCUAGUCGUUUACGCUUAGAAAGAAAAGAACGUACUAAGACACGUCAUGUCAAUUUUAUGGCUAGAAACAGUCGAUCUGUUGACACACCAUCAAUUAAAUCAAAUGAUCCCUAUGAAAGAAGACGAAAAAAGGAGAAACAGUCAUUUAAAACAUCUAACUCAACUCAUUCUUUGGUGGAAACUGUUAAUCAAUCUAGAGAUUUCUAUUAUUCAAAAAACAAUACGAUGAAUAAUAAUUUUCCGCGUAGUUCAAGGAAUAAAAAUCGCAGUCAAUCUCGCCAUCGUCGUCAUCGCGACCACCAACAUCAUCCCUUAUCUUACAUAGCUGUUACUCCGGUUCAUUUAAGUUUUGCUAGACCUGUUGUUAUAUUAGGCUAUAUGAAAGAUAGGAUUGCUGAUGAAUUAUUAUGUGAAUUUCCUGAUCUCUUUGGAACCGCUAUCCCAUGUAAGUACUUGUUUUUAAAAACAACUAAAUCUAAUGUCUAUUUUAAGUAUGUUUACUUAGAGUUUAUCUAUUGGUCUUGUUAUCUUCAGUUUAUUUGGAGAACAUAGUGUUUCUGGUUGCUAAUACUUUGUAUGAGAGAUGUGUUUAGUCGGAUACAAGUGAAAGUAUCAAUCCAUAGUCACACUUAGUUGUAUGACAAAAAAGAGAUUUGAUUAAACUUAUCAGUAUAUUAAAUUUAAACGAGAGAAAAUAGAGGCGGAAUAGCCUUUCUAGAUAUUCUACUUAUAAACAAACUAGAUGGGUCACUGAAAAAACAACCAAACAAGAGAAGUACUUAGGCCUUCCAAUGCACAGAUUUUCUUGGUGUUUUUUCUCUACAACAUAAAAAAGAACCGGUUAAGACACUUCAUUAUAGAAUUAGGUCAAUAUGCUUCCCAGAUGCAGUUGGUGAAGAAACAAAUACAGUGCGUAAUUUCCCUAAAAUAAGUGCGUAUCCCGAGAAAUUUAUAAAUAAACGUUUAUCCAAGAAAAGAGAAAAGUGACGUCCUAACGGUCAGUCUAUACUGCUAAAGUUCAAAGAUGCAACAACCAGCAAAAAUGCUAAUGCUAAAGUUGAGUAGGACAAAUCAAAGAACUUUUGAUGCUGAAGAACAACAUUUAAUGUUUUCUACGCUUCCGAUGAUUGCUUCUAGACUCCUCACCUCUUUCGGAAUUAUUACUUUAGAACGAUGACUAUAGAAUCUGAAGAGAAUUUAUUGAAAAGAAUAUUCUUCAUUCAUGUAUCUGUGUUUUUAAAAAGAUAAUCGUCGUAUUUGGUUCUGGCUGACAACUUUUUAAUCCUUAUUGUUACUUCCAAAAUGAUAUUAUUGUUAACGAAAUAUAUAGUCUAUUUAACCUCAUAUAUCCUCCGUCGAAUAAUCACGUACAUACAGAGUAAAAAUUAAAAUCUGAAUAGGUGUUGCAUAUUUGCAUUUCAGACAUCCAUGUGAGUAAGCAAACUGAACGAGUGAAUAUGAAUAAAUGAAGACAGACAUAUUUGCAUUCAAUAUAAUCGGUUAAGUUAGCAGUAAGCAUUGGAAAGGUCAAAAAAAAACGUCAAGCAUUAACAUGUACCUGUCUAUCAUGUUUAUUCACUAUACGAGCGUAAAUUUGAUCAAAUGCUUAUGACUUAGGUGAUUAAAGAUUACAAUAGGUCACUACAAGUUUAAUCGGUAUUAUUAGCCAUAUUAUUUCAGAUUUCUUCGAUCCAACUACCAGUUGAUUUAAUUUUAAUCAAAUGUCUUUUGUGUUUAUAACGAUCAUCGUUUUUAUUAUCGAUAUCAAGAGUAAGUCAUUGUCAGUUUUUGUGAUAAUUAUCAAUUUUUACAUGUUCUUUGUGAUUAUUCAUUUCAUAAAUCUUAUCAUCUUGUCAAAUUUUUAAAUAAAGUUAAAUUAUGUGAUUAUGAAGAGUUUUUACAUCUACUAUUCACAUUGAUUUACACUUGAUUCAAAAGAAAAACUGAAUUCAUGAAAUUAUGACCUACAUCUAUUACUGUUUAUUGGGAAUUUCACUGAUAAACUAGGUUGUCACGUUUUCCGUUUUAGCCUUUUUGUCAACUGUCUUUUUGAUUCGUUCAUACUAUAAACAUGUCAUAAAGCACCAUUUCAAAGUUGUUCGUAUGAUAUUAUUCGUUAAUACAAUUUGAUUAACAUCAACUGAGGGGAAUGCACGUAUAGUCCAAAAAAAUCACAUUGUUAAAGAGGAACACACAUAUUCAUUCGAACUGGCUAUUGUUAUUAAUUGUUUUAAAAUCUCACUACUUGCCGUAAAUUGUUUACAACUAAAAGAUGAUAAUCUUUUUUAGCUAAAUAUUCUGUAAUACUUAAAUCCACUGUACGUUAUAUGGUUAAUUAACCUAUAGAUUAAAAUAAAAUCAGAUAUUGAAAACUUUUGGAUUAGACUCUGCCUUACUCAUGAAUAGAAAGCAAAAUUCUCAUCCCGAUUAUUAUUGUUUAAUUAAGUUGUUUGUGAAUAUCGAUUCAAUCUGAAGAUUUUUGUCAUGAAUGUUAAAUGUCUGUUGAAAACUAUGAAGCAAUAGAGAGGAGGUGUGUCGUAUUACUCCAUAGAUCCCUUGUAAUGUGCCAUUCUGACUAAGAAUUUUGCAUUUUUCCCCUUCAGACAUAACUGAAACCUUGAAAUAAGAAUAUCACAUUGGCUGCAUAAAAUAUUGUCAACUAAAUACUUUAAAUACACACUCUUUCUUCACCAACUAAAAAUAUCUUUAAUAGGUAUUGCAAUACUUAUAAAUUUCAUUUUUUUUGUCCGUUUAAAGAUACAACUCGACCACGUCGAUCAAAUGAAGUUGAAGGUCGUGAUUAUCACUUUGUAAUCAGUCGAGAAAUAAUGGUCGCUGAUAUAGCUGCUCAUAAAUAUCUUGAAGCUGGUGAAUACAAUGGCAAUCUAUAUGGAACCCAUUUAGAUUCUGUAUUUGAAGUGUCUGAAUUAGGAUUGCAUUGCUUAUUGGAUGUUGGUGGGCCAGCAUUAAAACGUUUAGAAUCAGCUGGACUACCACCGAUCGCUAUUCUUGUGCUACCUGAGACAAUACCAACUGAUAAAAAUGAUAUUAAUGAUGAUGUCGAUGACGGUAAUGAUAAUGAUGAUGGACGUUCUCCUCGUUCAAAUGAACAAACAAAACAGAAAAAACUUAAACUUAAAAAGUGCUCUUCUGUUGAAUCUGCAGCUUUUAAAAGUUUACAAAGUAAACUUAGUCGUUUACUGCAGAAUUUUACUUCCUUUUUGACAGCAAUUAUCACAACUGAUGAUUAUGAAACAGCUUAUAGCCGUGUUAAAGAAAUCAUAUUCACUAAUACUGGACCUAUUGUAUGGUUGAAUUCACCUCAGCCAAUACCAUGACGAAUGUAAUAGUAAUCAUCAAAUAUUACAAAUCAAUCAAUACAUUUUAUAGCCUAAUCAUUAGUAUUAUCAUGAAUGUUCAUGUGUAAAUAAUAUUUCUAUCUUAUUCAAAUACUCAGUAAUCAAAUAUUUUUUUCAGUGAUCUUCCAUGUUAUUAAGCAUUUAUUUAAUAAACGGAACUGUUACAAAUAGAAAUAUCUAAUAUCUAAUAUUACAAUGUAUUCAUGAAAACAAUUCAUCUAUAUUUGCCCUCUAGACUAUAUAUGCAUAUAGAUUCAUAUUUUAGUUACAUUUCAUUUUAUGGAUAUAUGCUUACCUAAUGAAUUUCUUCAAUAGUUAUUUUUUAAUUUAUCACUAUUAACAAUAGAUUAUUUAUAAAAUUUAAAAAAAACAAAACAUUCUAUGUUCAUUACCUCAAAUGAAUCAUAAUUGAUGGAAUUUAUUUUUUAUAAUAUGUGAUAUCAGUUGUUUUAAUCUUUAAUUUACUGUAAUUUCAUGUUUAAUUUCACUCUUGUCUUUUUUUUUAAAAAAAUCUUUCUUUUGAGUUAUUUGUUUCUAUGUGUGUUUACGUAAUAUUUCGUUACAUUAUCCAAUAUAUACAUAUUAUGAUGGAGUAUACCAAAGGGAUAUAAAUAGUUUCUUUUAGACAAAAUUAGCUGAUAUAUAUAUAUAUAUAUAUAUAUAUAUAUAUAUAUAUAUAUAAUAUGCUGUCUACCUUCAUAUAUUGUGUAUUAUAUAUAAACUUAUCAAACAGAUAUGAGUAUUUUAUAGAUUUGUGUCAUUUUGGAUAUAUUUUCAGUAUUUGUGCAUAUAUUUAGUCAAGAGUAUAUAGUUAUAUUUAUAACAUUUAUCAAAUCUUUUACAACCAUUAGUCGUCAUGUUAAUUUUUCGACAGGAUUAUUAUCAACCUCUAUUUCUUUCUUUUUUUUAUUUCUAUCGAGAUCAUCUUUUUUUCAUUUUUUCCCCCUAAAAAUCAGGUGUACAUAAAUCAAUAAAUAGAUAGAUGUGUGUGUGCUUGUAUGUUUGUAUUUCUCUCUCUCCCUCUCUUUCUAUUAAAAAGAAAAAAAACAUGUUUGUCCAUUACCACUAACAGUUCUUUCACAUAAAACUUUAAAGAAAAUAAACCAACAAAAAUAAAUAAAUCUUUUAAAUGAUAACAAUAAUAGUAAUAAUAAUUAUUAUUCUCAUUAAUCACCUCAUAAUCAUCAUUCUCGUGUUAGUUUUUAAUUAAUAUUAUGAUACUCAUCUUUUGUUUGGUUGCCUUCUGUUGUUAAUCGUCUGUAUGUAAAUAUAUAUGUAUGUGAGUGUUCUAUGUCACAGAAACACAUCAUUCUUGUAUGACUACUUUCGUCUUCGUUUCACUUUUCUUUUAAAAUGGGUAGAUUAAUUUAAAUAGUGAUGGUACUGCUGUUCUAAUA